AUGUUGGUGAAAUACCAGCUUGCGGCUCUGGCACUUGCAACACGUCUCGCCAGCAGCUAUGACUACGUGAUUGUCGGUGCAGGUGCAGCCGGCUUGACCGUGGCCAAUAGGCUUUCUGAGGACAGCAGCGUCACCGUUCUUGUGAUCGAGGCUGGAGACUUCGACCAGGACGAAGACUACAUCACCAUCCCGGGACUGGCUGGCGGAGCGAUCGGCACCAAAUACGACUGGAACAUCAGCUACGCAGCGAAUCCCGAAUUGCAGGGUCGAGAAGUGUCGAUCCCCCAGGGCAAGAUUGUCGGGGGUUCGACAAAGCUGAACCGCAUGGUCUUCGACCGAGGCUCGAAAGCAGACUUUGAUGCUUGGGCUGAGCUGGGUAAUGCCGGCUGGGACUAUGAUGGCCUGUAUCCGUAUUUCAAAAAGCAAGAGAAAUUUACGGCACCCGAUGCGGAUAUUGUCGCCGAGUACGGUGUUGAGAUCGACCCAAGCUCGCACGGCUAUUCUGGUAAUAUCCAGGUCAGCUAUUCGCCGUUUUUCUGGCCAUUGACGCACAACAUUGUCAAUGCAACGGAGGAAUUGGGAAUUACUAUUCCGAAGGACCAGGCCUCUGGAGAACCGAUUGGAGGCUAUUUCUGCCCUCAUGAUAUCGAUCCAGUCACCAUCACACGGUCUUCUGCAGAAGAGGCUGAAUACGAUGGUGUGAAGAAUCGUACAAACCUCCAUCUCAUUACCGGGCAGCAAGUAACGCGGCUGCUCAUCGACUCAUCCAAUGGCACGGCCAAGGUCACUGGUGUGGAGUACGCAGCAUCCGUAGAUGCGGAGAGGUCGACAAUCUCCGUGGGCAAAGAAGCCAUCUUGGCUGCUGGGUCAAUUUUCACGCCCCAGAUCCUCCAAGUUUCCGGGAUUGGGUCAAGCAGUCUCCUUGAGGAGAUUGGUGUCUCAACAGCCGUGGAUCUGCCAGCUGUUGGGCAAAAUUUCCAGGAUCAUGUUCUCCUGUACACGGCUGCUACAGUGGCCACCGACGAAAUCACGAGCGGUGAUCUCACUAGCAAUGCUACAUUCGCGGCCGAAGCACUGGCAGAAUACGAACUAGACAAGACAGGGCCCUACUCUACCCCCACCGGUGACUUCUUACUGUUCUUGCCUCUGACUACAAUCACCAACGAUACCUCCAUCGCUGCUCAGGCCACCACGCAGAAUGGAACGCAGUACCUCCCAGCUGACACGCCCGCCGAGGUGGUCGCCGGCUACGAGAAACAGCAGGCCGUCAUGAACAGCCGCCUGAACAGCACAGACUCAGCCAUCAUGGAGUAUAUCUGGGACACAGGCUCUCUGGUUCUCGGACUCGAGCACCCUUACUCCCGCGGUACCGUCCGCGCAGGCUCGAACAGCACCUUCGAUGCACCCAUUGCCACGCCCGGCUACCUGUCCAACCCAAUUGACGUGCAGGUCCUGAUCGAAGCGGUCAAGUAUACCAGGACCAUCAGGGACACCGCUGCCAUCCAGGCCCUGCUGCCCGUCGAGACUUCGCCAGGGCUGAACGUGACGAGCGAUGCGGAUCUUGAGAACUUUGUCCGGGCGAACUCGGCUACGCUGUACCACCCGUCUGGGAGCUGCAAGAUGGGACCACGGGAGGAGGGAGGCGUCGUGGACACUUCCUUGAAGGUGUAUGGGACGAGCAACCUGCGGCUUGUGGAUGCCAGUGUGAUUCCGUUGAUGCCGGCGACACAUCUCAUGACAGUUGUCUAUGGUAUUGCAGAGAAGGCUUCUGAUAUCAUCAAGGGCGUGUCACCAUGA